AUGGCGGAGAGUAUUUUCUUGUUAGUACAUCACCGGAGAAAAAUUGAUGAAAACACAAGUGAGGGUGUAACUUUUUCUAGCAAAAAGCAGAUAGGUGUGUUUAUAACUCCGUCAACGACGUUGAUGGAUUUGCACAGUAGUAUAUUAGAGAAGGCUGGAAAGUGUAGUAAAAAACGUGUGAAGCAAUUAUUUUUUCGUAUUCCGAUAUCAUUGAAGCAAUGUUAUGUUAAGUUUGGGAAGUACGCGAUGUUGGGUGAUGACGACAUGCGAGUUAUAUUUCACAGUCAAGCAAGAUUUCCCGACUUAGGCACGCUGGAGUUGUUUGCUAGAAUGGUUGACGUGGAGGGCAGCAACAGGGGAUCUGCUCCGAAUCUGCCCAAUGGCGUCAUAGAAGGGACUUUCACCGCCGUUCCAACAGGGCAACCGGCGACUCCACUUGUUUUGUCCCCGUCUUUUGCUGCUGAUUUGCCUAUCCCGGGUGAUGACUUGGGUGAUGGGCAUAGCUUCUUCCAGCUUGCAGUUGCGAUCGGAUCUGCACUUGUAGUGGAUGAUUUGGAGCCACCAAUUAUUGGUGACAAGAGUGACGGCGAAGAGGACACCGCAGUUGUCGGGGGAGCUCAAACCCAUGGUAGCAGUGGUACACAGCAGUACCUUCGACACUUCACCACGUUGGACCUUGAAGCAAUGAACCAGGCCGCAAAUGUAGACCAGCAUCACCCUGUGAUUCACAGAGAAAGGCCUAGCGUGAUUGGCACGGACGAGUUUGAGGUCGGGCAACGGUUUGAAACAAAAGAGGAAGUUGUACUGACAAUCAAGAGUUAUAAUAUUCGGCGUGGUGUAGAGUAUAAAGUGUUUGAGUCCGACCAGUUGAAGUAUCAUGGGAAGUGUGUCCAGUUCGGGAAUGGUUGUAACUGGCUGAUCCGUGUCACUAUGAGGCAGAGGAAAGGCUACUGGGAAGUCAGAAAGUGCAAUGGACCACACACGUGUCAAUUAACGGAGAUUUCGAUGGAUCACAGGCAGCUCGAUUACCAUGUCAUAUGUGCCUCGAUUAUAUCAUUGGUGAUGGCUAAUGUAUCGAUCUCGGUUAAGGUGUUACAGAAUGCGGUGUCUUCGAAGUUUGGGUUCAAGCCCAGCUAUAGGAAGGUUUGGAUGGGCAAGCAGAAGGCAAUUGCUCAGAUAUAUGGAGAUUGGGAGGAGUCUUACAACCACAUACUGAUGCUGAGGAUAGGUAAUACCAUAGAUGCGCCAACGGUUUUCUUUCAUCAACUAUUUUGGACAUUUUCUCCAUGCAUUGAGGCAUUUAAGUAUUGCAAGUCACUGAUAUCCAUCGACGGGACUUAUUUGUAUGAAAAGUAUGGCGGCACUCUUCUAAUGGAUAUUGCCCAAGAUGGAAACUCGAACAUUCUCCCAGUGGCUUUCGUGUUAGUCGAACGCGAAAACACGGAUUCGUGGAAGUUUUUCCUCAGUCACCUCCGCCAGCAUGUCACCCCUCAACCCGGCAUUUUAGUCAUAUCUGAUUGGCACAAUGCCAUCAAGGCUGCCUUGCUUGAGGAAGACGGUGGAUGGCUCCCACCCACGACAUACCGGGCAUUUUGUGUGUGA